AUGGUUGUUCUGGCGGCUUCAAUUUGCACCCGCGGCGGGAAAGCUGUCCUCUCCCGCCAAUUUCGAGAGAUGCCACGAUCGCGGAUAGAAGCUCUCCUCGCCUCGUUCCCCAAGCACGCCGACAGCGGCACUCAGCACACAACAGUUGAGCAGGACAAUGUUCGAUUCGUCUAUCAGCCUCUUGAUGAGCUCUACAUGGUUCUCAUCACCAACAAACAGUCCAACAUCCUCCAAGACAUUGAUUCCCUACACCUCUUCGCCCAAGUUGUCACAAACGCGUGCCGUACCCUUGACGAGAGGGAGAUCACUCGGAAUGCCUAUGAGCUCCUCAGUGCUUUUGAUGAGCUCGUUACCCUUGGUUACCGCGAGAAUCUUACCAUGAGCCAGAUCAAGACAUUUUUGGAGAUGGAAAGUCAUGAGGAGCGCAUCCAGGAGAUCAUUGCCAGAAAUAAAGAACUCGAGGCAGCCGAAGAACGAAAGCGAAAGGCCAAGCAGCUUGAAAUGCAACGAAAGGAGUCUGCGAGGGGCAACCGCGGCAUGCCGCGAACCCCUGUUUAUCCCACCUACACACCUCCAGCGAGACCCAGCGCCACGGAUUCGUACGACUCGUACGAAGCGGAGAAGAACAAAACCUAUAGCAAGUCCUUGGCUCCCAAAGCCAAAGGCAUGCAGCUGGGAAAGAAGUCCAAGACCAACGACAUGUUUGAGAGGGUGCGCGGCGACCUGGGCGGCCAAGUCGAUGACUCUCCUCUGGUAACUCCUGCCCACACCGCCGUCACUCAGCCUGCCGAGCCCCGUGUCUCUUCAACACUGGAUCGCGACGCCGUUCACGUCACCAUUUCAGAGUCCAUCAGCGCCAGCCUCUCGAGGGAAGGUGCGGUCAAUUCGCUUUCUAUUAGCGGCGACCUCGCCUUGCGCAUUUCCGACCCCAGCGUGACCAAGAUCAAACUUGGGUUGCAAGCGAUGCCGUCUCACGGUGCUCAGUUCCGAACCCACCCCAAUGUGGACCGCAACCUGUUUAAUAGUUCCAAGACCAUCCAAAUGAGCAACACUGCACGUGGGUUUCCGGUUAAAAACGCAGUGGCAGUUCUCCGAUGGAGAGCAUCGCCAAAGGUCGACGACAGCAGCGCCUGUCCCAUCACUUUUACCGUAUGGAUCAAUAAUGAUGUCGGCAAGUACAACAUCACUGUUGAGUACGAGCUUACCGGUGGCGAUGCAUUGAGGGAUGUGAGCAUCGCCAUUCCCUAUGUAGGAAGCGAGCCUGUCGUGUCCAGCUACGAUGCCACGUACGAGGUCUCGGGAGACAUGUUGGAGUGGAACAUUGGUUCGGUUGAUGACGAAAACCCCACCGGCUCAUUCGAACUCGAGGCUGAGAGCGGUGAUGAGAAUGACUUCUUCCCAAUGACUGUCAGGUUCAGUAAAACAAGCCCUUAUGUAGACGUUGAUGUAACAAAAGUAUCCCUGUUGGAAGAGGAUGAGGAGAUUACCUUUUCGAAAGAGAUCAAGUCCACUGCCGACAAUUACUCUGUCGAAUAG